UGGUUAUUGAGCAAAUGUAUGCUUUAUCCUUUCCUUUUUGUCAUUGUUCUUUUCCUAUCUGAAUCGAAUCGAAUCAGCGCAUCGAUUGGCAAUACUAUUGUGGUGAUAGCUCGCUGAUUGAAUUUUGUAUAUACAUUGGUAGAAAUUAUUGGUCCGUCCGUCCGACUAAAUUUUGGACCAUGCUCAGCUUUUGCUGUUGGCUGCGGAAAACUUGGCCAAUCCAGGGACCGUAAACUUGUAUGGAACUCCAGCAUUCUUGACCGUGCGAACAGCAAAGGCAGGGCUGCUCCAUCCAUCAUGUUGUUCCAGGGGAUAACCUUCUCCGAUACGGAUUGGUGCUGGGGUUUCUCCGCCUUCACUGGUUGGUUUGAAGGUCGCGUAGGCUUUAUCUCCAUCGGGUGCCAAGAAUUCCACAAAUUGAACCUCUCCCUUUUGCAGCUUUUCGCAAAAUUCUGCAUAGGAUACGGAAGGUUCAUCCAAGUCAUCCGCGUCCAGGCCACCAAAUUGGCUGUUGCGAUAGUUGAAGAUGAGUCCAUUGAAGGCUGUUACAGGAAUUCCUUGUCGGGUUUCAGUUUCUUGCACCGCAUUGGCAGCAGCAGCAGCCCCUGUCAAGAUCGAAACGGCAGAAACUCCUCCCAAUGACAAAAAGGACCGACGGGAUGGAGUGUUGGAGGGUUCCUCCUUCUGGCUACCGGUCCCAGAGAAAAGAGCUGUGGCAGACCGGCUAGUGGUGCUCACUGCAGGCAUCGAAAAGGCUGCCGCGCCGCCAAGGAGGCUGGAGACGAGCAAGAUACGAGUAAACAUGGCCACCAUUAUUUUCUAACAAUGGGAUUGAUGAACGGGCUUCUCUAUCGCUACAUGUACAACAACCAACAACACAUUCCACAAGCUGACUUCAUCUUUGUUAUGGUCGGCAUGAACACGUCACUGUGGCGCAAUGGAGAACCCCAAUAGGGCUCAGGAUCUAAAAUGCAGUGAUAGUAAACCGUUCUGGAUCUUUUCUUGGACUGACGUCGAAUACAAAUGGGUGUCACCGAAAGAUUGUCUUUUCCCUCACUUUUCUUGUUUUUGGAUCAUGCCUGGUUCAUUGCUCUUGGGCAGCUCUUGGCAACAUUUCACUUGCUCAAGUCUAACAAAUAAUAAUGGUGUCAACAAAAAGAACCCUGCAAUUGCAUCCUUGCUUGAUUGCCCUUCUCCUCACCAACAGCGUUAUCCUGAUUAUUAUUUAUUAGCAACCACACAAAUUUAGUGGCGGUAGUUCCGAAUUGCUCUGAGCGAAGAUCCAACCUUGGUUGUCUCUCCUUUUCACAGGUACCACAAACACAAAUAGAUUUGCGGCGGCUACACUUUGAAGUUCCUCCAGACCAAAAUCCAACCAUUCGGUGCAACUAAUAAAGUAUCUUCCACUUUGCGUUUUCCUCACGUACCAUAUUACCAUGUUCCCCUCCAUUAAUCCCGAAGAAGUGGGAACGACAGGCCUCUUGUGGCUGUUCUUUUCCUAUGGCUAUGUCAUGUAUUGGGCAUCCAACCUGAUCAGCGAAGGUUCCGACCUUUUAAUGCUGGUACCUUCUUUUGCCGGUCUGGUGGGUGGUGUGGUAUUACCCAUUUUGGGAGCUGUUCCUGAUGGCGCCAUUAUGCUCUUUUCAGGAUUGGGUAGCAUUGAUAAGGCGCAAGAGACACUCUCGGUGGGAAUUGGGUCAUUGGCGGGGUCCACCAUCAUGCUCAUGACAAUUCCGUUCAGUUUGUCCAUUUUCACUGGACGCGUCGAUCUGGAUCCAAGCACUGGAAUGCCCAAUUACUUCAAGAAACCAAAACUCACACCAGGCUUGGGUGUAGACAGCACGCUCUUUCACACAGGUAUUUCCGUCACCAAGGAUGUCCAUAUUGGAGGUUACGUGGUGGCAGUCACUUCGAUUCCGUUUUUCAUGAUUCAAGUUCCUGGAAUGUUCAUCCGAGGGCCCCUCGAGGAAGUGACACCCGAAAUUGCCGCCACGCAAAAAUAUUGGGCCCUUGCGGGCAUGUUGGUCUGUAUUGCUUUCUUCGUCGGAUAUCUGUAUUAUCAAGUCCUAUCCUCCAACGAGGGAGCAGCCCGAAUGAAGCGGGUCGAAGCGACCAAACAGCAACUCUUGAAGGGCAAGGUUUCUCUCUCGGGAGCUUUCUUUGACACCGUCAAAAUGGCUUCUUCUCGUCAACUAAACACCGGAUCCACAAGAGGCUACGAAUCCAUUCAGCAAGAAGUUGAAGACAGUAAGGCAAUGCCUCCACAAGUCCGUGAAUACUUGAAGGAGGUUCUAUUGGAACCCUUUCAUAUCUACGAUUCCAAUCACAAUGGGAAUCUAGACAAGAAAGAAUUCAAGUACUUUCUGCGAGAUUUUCACGAAACGAUCAAAGACGAAGACGUUGAUGAAAUCUAUAAGCAAUUCGACACAGAUGAGAAUGGCAUCAUCACCUUUGACGAGUUCAUUGAUGCCUGUUACACAAUUAUGCUGCAGCAUACAUGUGCCGCUGAUGCCGACAACAAACAUUGCAGCGGGGCCAAUGACGUCGAAACGGGUGCCCUGCAGGACAACAAGCCCCUGGUUGAUGGGAUGUUCGGACCAGAAGAAGGAGACGAAGAGAAUGGCGAAGAGGAAGAAAUUCCGCCAGAUAUUUCCGAACUCUCCCCCGAACAGCAACAAACCGCCCUCAAGAAACGAGCCCUCGUCAUGCUCACUAUUGGUACCGGUUUGGCAGUACUCUUUUCUGAUCCCCUGGUGGAUGUAUUGAAUGAAAUUGCCAAUCGCAUUGGCGUUUCUCCGUUUUAUGUCGCGUUUGUCUUGGCUCCUAUUGGAUCCAAUGCUAGUGAAAUCAUUGCUAGUCGAUACUAUGCAGCCAAGAAAACCAGAAGAAGCAUCACCGUGAGCUUGACCGCUCUUACAGGUGCCGGGACCAUGAGCAACACGUUUUGUCUUUCCAUCUUUAUGGGGUUGAUUUACUUUCGAGGAUUGGCCUGGUCCUACACGUCGGAAACCAUUGCCAUUCUCCUGGUGGAAUAUGCUCUGGCUUGCAUGGUCCAAAGGGAGAAACUCACUUGCUUCGAUGCUCUUUUGAUUCUGAUGUUCUACCCCCUCAGUUUGGUCUUUGUUGCCACCCUGGAACACUUUGGAAUAGAUUGAAUGGAAGAAAGCCCACGCAAGAGUGCAUGGCUACGGUAAUACGUGUUGUUUGGAUUUAACUUUUGUCUCAGUGGAUGAAUGAUUGGCGCAGCCUGCCUUGUUCUCGGGGGUUUACCAGAUCGCUCAUUCAACAUAUAUGAACUCAGCUGAAGAUGAGGGCCUCCUCAACCCUCAAUACCCGACACUAGACGCAUGGGACAGUCUGUGGGAAACUUUUCUGGGGGGUCAUUCUUUUUUUUUAAAUUAAAAAAUUGCCUUUACUGGUACGGUAAAAGAUGUUGGCUAUUCUCAAGGGUUGCAUGUAUUUUUGAUUAGGUUGCCCUUGCCGCUACCCAGC